GCGCCGGCAGGGAUGGACUUCGGCACGCUGGGGAGGACUGGCGUGCGCAGAGGAAAGGGGGGCCGAGGGCUAGGGGAGGAGAUCGGAAGGGGAGAGGUAAUCCCCGGCGUUUUGAGCAUCCCCUUUUUAGAAAGACUGAGUCUCUCCCAGGACAGCUGCUGCGGUCACACCACAAACUUAAAAGCCGCCCUCCCGCUCGGAGCGUGCCUUUCCUCGCCACACUCGCCUCCCCAAAGCUCCAGCUGGUGCCUGGCUCCCCGCCUGUCCCGUCUCCGCGCUCGGGGCCAGCAGCGCCCCCUGCCUCCCGGCCGGGCCUCUGCGGCCGCAGCCUCCGCGCUCCGCCAGGGCCGCCGGCGGCUCCGCGGCUCAGCCAGGGCUGCCUCUCAGAGGAGCUUGCGCCGGUGCCCCGGGUCGCCGCCGCGCACUCCCACAGCCUGCACCCCCGUCUUCGGUUCCUGAAAGGACGUCUGGCCCAGAGAGAGGGAGAGAAGAGUUCGCAGCAGGUGAGUCAUGUGAGGCACAAAGAGAUUAAAUAACUCGCCCAAGUUCCCUCCUAAGAGAUUGAAUUUUCACUGUUUGAAAGAGGACAUUGUUUUCAUCAUGAAUGCUACUAAAAAUGAGAGACCAAAGUCCAGAAGCCACAAUUUUCACCUUUUUCAUGCCUUGAUGAUGCUAAGCAUGACCAUGCUGUUUCUUCCUGUCAUUGGAACUGCUAAGCAAAAUAUUCCACGACUCAAGCUGACUUACAAAGACUUGCUGCUUUCAAAUAGCUGCAUUCCGUUUUUGGGUUCAUCAGAAGGACUAGAUUUCCAAACCAUUCUGUUGGAUGAGGAGAGGGGCAGGCUGCUUGUAGGAGCGAAGGACCACAUCUUCCUGCUCAGUCUGGUUGACUUAAACAAAAACUUUAAGAAGAUUUAUUGGCCCGCCGCGAAGGAACGAGUGGAAUUAUGUAAAUUAGCCGGGAAAGAUGCCAAUACAGAAUGUGCAAAUUUCAUCCGUGUACUUCAGCCCUACAACAAAACUCACAUUUAUGUGUGUGGAACUGGAGCAUUUCAUCCAAUAUGUGGUUAUAUUGAUCUUGGAGUCUACAAGGAGGAAGUUAUAUUCAAACUAGACACACAUAAUUUGGAGUCUGGCAGACUGAAAUGUCCUUUUGAUCCUCAGCAGCCUUUUGCUUCGGUAAUGACAGAUGAAUACCUCUACUCUGGAACAGCUUCUGAUUUCCUUGGCAAAGAUACCGCAUUCACGCGGUCCCUUGGGCCUACUCACGACCACCAUUACAUCAGAACUGACAUUUCAGAGCACUACUGGCUCAAUGGAGCAAAAUUUAUUGGAACUUUCCCUAUCCCAGACACCUAUAAUCCAGAUGAUGAUAAAAUAUAUUUCUUCUUUCGUGAAUCAUCGCAAGAAGGCACUACUUCUGAUAGAACCAUCCUUUCUCGAGUUGGAAGAGUUUGUAAGAAUGAUGUUGGCGGACAGCGCAGCCUGAUAAACAAAUGGACAACUUUUCUUAAAGCCAGAUUGAUUUGCUCAAUUCCUGGAAAUGAUGGGGCCGAUACUCAUUUUGAUGAGCUACAGGAUAUUUACUUACUCCCCACAAGAGAUGAAAGAAAUCCUGUAGUAUAUGGAGUCUUCACCACAACCAGCUCCAUCUUCAAAGGCUCCGCUGUUUGUGUGUACAGCAUGGCUGACAUCAGAGCAGUUUUUAAUGGUCCAUAUGCUCAUAAGGAAAGCGCAGACCAUCGUUGGGUGCAGUACGAUGGAAGAAUUCCUUAUCCCCGACCUGGCACUUGUCCAAGCAAAACCUACGAUCCACUGAUUAAAUCCACCCGAGAUUUUCCGGAUGAUGUCAUCAGUUUCAUAAAGCGGCACCCUGUGAUGUUUAAAUCGGUGUACCCAGUUGCGGGAGGACCAACAUUCAAGCGAAUCAAUGUGGAUUACAGAUUGACCCAGAUCGUGGUGGAUCACGUUGUUGCAGAAGAUGGACAAUACGAUGUAAUGUUCCUUGGAACAGACAUUGGAACAGUCCUAAAAGUUGUCAGCAUUUCAAAGGAGAAGUGGAAUAUGGAAGAAGUAGUGCUGGAAGAGUUGCAGAUAUUCAAGCACUCAUCAAUCAUCUUGAACAUGGAGUUGUCUCUGAAGCAGCAACAAUUGUACGUCGGUUCCCGGGAUGGAUUGGUUCAGCUCUCCUUGAACAGAUGCGACACUUAUGGGAAAGCUUGUGCAGACUGUUGCCUGGCCAGAGACCCCUACUGUGCCUGGGAUGGAAAUGCAUGCUCUCGAUAUGCGCCCACUUCAAAACGGCGAGCCAGACGCCAAGAUGUAAAGUAUGGAGACCCAAUCACCCAGUGCUGGGACAUAGAAGACAGCAUUAGUCAUGAAACUGCUGAUGAAAAGGUGAUUUUUGGCAUUGAAUUUAAUUCAACCUUUCUGGAAUGUAUACCUAAAUCCCAACAAGCAUCUAUUAAGUGGUAUAUCCAGCGGUCAGGAGAUGAGCAUCGAGAGGAGUUGAAACCUGAUGAAAGGAUCAUCAAAACAGAAUACGGGCUACUGAUUCGAAGUUUGCAGAAGAAGGACUCUGGGAUGUAUUACUGCAAAGCCCAGGAGCACACUUUUAUCCACACCAUAGUGAAGCUGACUUUGAAUGUCAUUGAGAGUGAACAGAUGGAAAAUACCCAGAGGGCAGAGCACGAGGAGGGGCAGGUCAAGGAUCUGUUGGCCGAGUCACGGUUGAGAUACAAAGACUACAUCCAGAUCCUUAGCAGCCCAAACUUCAGCCUCGACCAGUACUGCGAACAGAUGUGGCACCGGGAGAAGCGGAGACAGCGAACCAAGGGCGGCCCCAAGUGGAAGCACAUGCAGGAGAUGAAGAAGAAACGAAAUCGAAGGCAUCACAGAGACCUGGAUGAGCUUCCGAGAGCCAUGGACACGUAGUUUUUUCUUUAAUUUAAAGAAAAGAAUGCUUUACCUGCAAAAAUAGCAUCUUCUGUUUUGUACACCCCAUAUACGAACUCAUAAGAGCUUUCCACGGAGUUGUGCUAAGGCAAAGGACCCAAGAACGAUAAUCUGAGUAAGACUAUAUGUGGUGAAUAUGGCAUAGCAAGGGCAAAUAAUUCAUCUGAACCGGUUUUCCGAGAACUAAACAUGUACCUGCAAAGUAGUAGAAUUAGCCCCGAAAUAGGGGCUUCCCAUUUGUAAAUGUUUUAUGUCCUGAGUUUUUGAAAUUUGUUAUGUCAUGUAAAUACCUGAGGUCAGCAAGCAUCAAAUUUUAUAUUGUCAUAAGGUGCUUUAUUUCCCUUGCAUGGACGUUAAGGAUGGAGUUGACCAUGCAGUUGUGCUAUAUAUAUGUUCUUACGAACAGAUAUAUCAAUUCUGCUCUAGAACUGGCUACCACACAGUAGGAAUUGGAAGACACAAAUGCACACAGCCCACACUAUCAACAGGAUCUUUCCCGGUUCACUCUUGGUUCAUGGUUUAGGAGUUUGGAGAGGUGCAUUAUUUCAAACUACAGAGGUUACGUUCCUUGUACUGCAGUGUGAUUUACUGAAGGUAUAAAUGCUCCUCCCAGCAUUCCUUAUGACUUGUCAGGAGAAACAGGUUCGUGGAGAGAAGUUAGUGCUCGGUUAUGUGUUUUUAGAAUAUAUGCCGAGCUUUACAGGGACGGAAUGCUUCAUAAAUAUUUUAAUAAGACAUGGGAAAACAUUUUAAUAAGGGAAACACCAUGAUGUAUACUGCAAACUAAUGGGAAGGCAUACAGAUGGGAUUUGUUAAGAGACAGAAAGAAAGACAGCCAUAAAUUCUGGCUUUGGGGAAAACUCAUAUCCCCAUAAAAAGGAAGAACAAUCACAAAUAAAGUGGGCGAAAUGUAAUGUAGCUUUGGUCACCAGAGUAUAAGUAGCUGCCAAUUUGUAAUCCAUCUGUUAAAAAAAUUCUACAUUAUAACAAACUGCUAGCGAAAGUCUGAGGAAAAGUAAAUUUUCUAAAAGAUCAUGGGAAGAAUGAACACAGAUUUAUUUACAACCAAUGGGAUUUCAGUAGUACUUCCUCUCUUUUUUUCUAAAAUUUCAUUGUACUCUGUAAAUUAUUUCCAUUUACUGCCUUUAUUCUCUCCUGAAUAUUGGAUUAUUGGAUUUUAUUUGAGUGAAUAGGAAAAUAACAAUAUAUGCAUAUAGAGAUAGAAUUAGGUAGACUAGAGUGGUGGGGAGUGGGGAUAUAUAUUUGUUGAAUAACAGAACAAAUGCAAAAAUUUUGACAACGGAAAGGGUUAAAUUAACUCUUUGACAUCUUCACACAAUCUUUUUGCAUUUCUGAGAUUAUAUGCUGUAAUUCAAGUAACAUUGCUUUCGUAAUUUAAUAAUAAAUAAGCCUAAUGCAUGUAAAGAAGCUGAACUCGCAGCAUUAACCUAAACAUUUUUCAUAUUUUGUUAGCACUUUCGAAUGUUUCCAAUUUGACUUUCCCUCUCUGCAUACGUAUGGUAUGUUUCCUGCCUGUGGAAGCAGGACUCACCUUUCCUUCUUGGAACACAAAACCCUUAGCCUUCUUCUGUUUUGCCUCUUCACGCCCUUUUUAGUGUGAAAUGAAAAAUUAGUCACUUCCUCACAUGGAAGGCAGCCUUUCAGAAAACUGAAUAGCAGACAUUGCUCGUUUAUCAUGCAUGCUGCAUAUCUUGAAAGAAGAGCCUCUGAGAACCUGUGUGGUUAAAGGGCACCUUAUUAGAGUUCAGUGUCAUGUCUGUGACUGACUCGAUGUUCAGAACAUUCAAUCUUACGUUCAUUUUAUUUGUCUUGCUUACCUAUGUCAAAGUAGUCACACUGCUAUGUGAGGUUAAGUACGUCUUUUGAAAUGAUACCGUAAAUAUUUGUAGGUGUUUCACUAUACAGAAAGCUUAAAUAAGUUUUUGUUUGCUUGUUUGUUUUUAAGGUGAACCAGACACAAACACUCUUUAAAAGUAAUGCAUAAGAAAGCUGUAGGGAGAUCAGGCUAAUUGAAUAGCGUAAUGAGAGUGUCUGUAACUUUGGAUUCGCUGGGUCUAAAUGUUCCAGGAACUCAUAGCAAGCUCAAAGCAAAUAAAUGGGAGGCUGUUUUAUUUUUAAGAUUUCCUGUAUAUCAGACAGUCAUGAUCAAAGCAGAGAUGGCUUUGGGAAAAUUACAUGAAGCUCAAAUGUUAGGAUUGACUUCUGUAAUAAAUUUGGUUUUCAUCAAAAUACGAAUGUUCAGGCCAUUUUUUAAUUACUCCUUUUUAAUCUUAAUUAUUUAGAUAAAGUUUGGGCAACUUCUUUUACCCUACAGCUAAUAUUUGGGCUGCUUUAGAUCUAAAACAUUAACUUAUGGUAAUUGCUUAAAAUAUAUUUGAAAUAUUGAGUAAAUAUUGAGUGAAACAAAAAGUCAUAGAAUAAAAAAAUAUGGACAAAGAUGUAUGUGUAUUUGUAAAGAUAGAGGACAUCUAAGCUACAUUGAAUUUUUAACCUUUUAAUUGCCUGGAACACUUAAGACAGUGUGAAUGUAUUAAGUCUAGGGCUGAGACACAAUAUAUACUUCCUCACCACUGAAGGUUUUACCAAAAUUUCCUUGAAAUAAUGAAAACUAAAAUUAUAAUCAUAGUUUCAAAAAUGUUUGCUAAGAAAUCAGCUAUCUAUGGAGAGGUCUUAAAAUGUCUGCUUAUUCUUGGUUUCAUUUUUUUUUCCCCUGUUUUGAAUACAUAUGUCUUUAACUUGCAUAUUCUUGCCUGCAUUUCAUUCCAUCUAUUUAUGCUGCUAAAUGGAAUUCUGCCUUUCUGCAUACAUUUACAUUCAAUUCAUUGGGAAUUUUGAGAGUUUGCUUAGAAAUGAAUAGUAAUUAAUUUAUGGAGAAGCUUUUUUUCCUCCAAAGAGCUCAAAACA